AUGAAAACAGGAAGAGCACGAAUCACAGAAGAUCCAGUUAACAUUCUUCUUCUUCUUCGGCCUCCCACGGAUUGCGUAACUUUCCUGCAUCCAACUUUGACACACCUCACCCUCGUGCCACUGUUGCUGGCGGCCAUCACCCAAAUAGCUAAUGCCCAAAUCGUAGCGCUGGGAGCAUGCCCGAAAGUUCCACAAGUCGCCGACUUUAAUCCCCAGCGGUACGGGGGCCUCUGGUACGAGCAGGAAAAGUAUCCGUUCAUCUUUGAGCUGGGCGGAAAAUGCGUAACGGCCGAAUAUUCCCUAAGUGCGGACAGUACCAUAACGGUUGUGAAUCGCCAGAUAAGCACGAUUCAACUCGCCGUUCCCAUCAUACUGCUGGCAAGCAGUUUGCUAUCUAUUGAGGCACAAAUCGCCUCGCUGGGAAUAUGUCCGGAUGUGCCCAAGCAGCACGAUUUUCAUCCCGAACGAUUUGUCGGUCUGUGGUACGAACAGGAGCGAUAUCCUAAUGUGUUCGAGCUGGCGGCCAAAUGUGUCACCUCGGAGUACUCAAUGAACGCGGAUACCACGUUUACGAUCACAAACAAGCAAAUUAAUUCACUGUAA